AUGUUGGAAGAAACGAUCAAAAACAAGCUUGGUGUCAAGUCUCUGACACCAUUUGGCGGUUCUACUGGUGGUUGUAUCAGCCGGGCUCGUGGUUAUCAUACCGAGGAGUAUGGGAAUAUUUUUAUAAAAUUCAACAACAAACCACAGGCAAAAGUUAUGUUUGAUGGUGAAUUUGCGAGUCUGGAAGCAAUGCACAGUACUAAUACAAUCCACGUUCCUAAGCCUAUCAUGAGUAUCUCUGAAGGUGGUCAAUCAUGUAUAGUUACUGAAUAUUUGGAACUUAAUGGCCCUCCUAAAGCUAGUGAGUUAGGCACUCAACUUGCAAAAAUGCAUUUGCAUAAUUCUACACUCUUAGCAGCUGCCGAGCACAGUGACUCUUUUGUUGGAGGUCCAGAAAAAACGCCACAGCCAGUGAAACAAUUCGGUUUCCAUACGACAACUUGUUGCGGAUAUUAUGCCCAGCCGAACGAGUGGAGCGAUAAUUGGGUGGAAUUUUUUGCGAGAAAUCGCCUUAAGUUUCAAAUAGAUAUGCUACUAGAAAAGACAGGAGACCGAGAUUUAUUAAAUUUGUGGCCCCUUUUGGAGCGGAAAAUACCCAGUUAUUUUGAUUGUGGAGAAAUUAUUCCUAGUAUACUUCAUGGUGAUCUGUGGUCUGGAAAUUAUUCUUAUGAUAAAAAUGGACCUGUUAUAUUUGAUCCAGCCUCAUUUUACGGUCACAGUGAGUACGAGAUGGGGAUAAUGAGCAUGUUUGGAGGUUUCGCCACUGAAGUUUUUACUGCUUAUCACAAUCUUAUACCAAAGGCACCUGGCUUUUACGAAAGGAUUCAGUUGUAUGAGCUUUUUCAUCACUUGAACCACUGGAAUCACUUUGGCGCCGGUUACAAGCAUGGAUCUUUGAAUCUGAUGCAGUCACUGUCUUGA